AGAAUUCACACCUUGUGAAGAAGGACUACUCGGAUGGGUGUACUUCUCCAAACAUGUCUACCUUUUCAAGAAGAGGCUUCACAUUCCAUGAGAGUCGAUUGGCAUAUUUAUCAUUCACCUGCAUUGAUUGCAGAAAUGCUCUGGUCCAUAAAAGUUUCAUCGCUCUUCAUGUGGACCAACCCUGUAUACCUGCAGAAUGGCUUGUUUCACAGAAGCAUCCAGAACCUAAAUUCAGAUGCGGUUUGCUUUCGAGAGUGGAUAUGUUAUUCUCACGAGGUUAUGAAGAUGGCUUUGUGAUCCUCCUUAGUAAGAAGGAGGUCCGAUCACUAAUUCAGCUGGUCGUUGAUAGCCAGACACUCACCUUUUGACCCUUUCGAGAUUUCGCUGACUCCAAGGCUUACCGUUAUUUUAGCAGGAAAGUAUGAUCACACGAGU